UGGACUGUAGAAUCGAGGAAUAAGUGCCGAACGGUUUUUUGUAUAGAAAAAUUUUGUGAGAUUAUGUAUUGGUUAAUGCGGUUCUCGUUGAUUUUUUGUGGAAUAAUUAUCGUAAACAGUAAACAGGAACAACAAAAAUAUUGUUUAUUGCGUCAGCAGUACAUUUAUCAACAAUUAUGGAACUACUUCGCAGGGUACUAUUGCUAUAACUAUACCAAUAGUGCAAGAUUACUUAAAAGAUACGAAAUAGUUUCAAAUGAAAUAAUUUUCAAUAAUGAAACCAUAAAGAUCCCAAUGGCUCUGGUUGGACCCAACAUAACCGCAUCUUUCAAUUAUAAAAUCCAACAAGAUGCUGAGUACAUAAAGCAAUCGUUUAAGAACGACGACAUGUUUACGAAUUAUUUAUCUUGCUGCCAAGAAGCCGAAGAUUGUUGUAAUAAUGUUAUGAACAAUGAAAAUAUUAUCUAUAGUUCAACACAUUGCCCAGUGAUAUGGGACGCGUGGUCGUGUUUCCCAAGGACUCCAGUAAAUACAACUGCUAAGUUACCUUGUAGUAGCCAAGCCUAUCAAUCACCAGAGGGCGUCUGUAUUUUAGAAAGUGAAAAAAAAUGUAUCUGGAACGAAACAACACAAACAGUUGAAUGGGUCCAGCAAACAGAUUAUACAACUUGUGCUAUGGCUCCUGUAUAUACGAAAAGGUACAAAUUCCACGUGAUAUUUUUGAGCAUCUGUAUCGGAUUCUGUAUUCCGGCAAUUAUAAUAUUUUUAAUAUUCGAAAAACUACGAAGAACAAUUCGAGUUAUCCUUCACAGAAAUUUAUUGAUUGCAAUCGUUAUAAGAAAUGUGCUGACGAUUAUGUCUAAAGAGUUGAUAAUUCUGGAUGCUUUGAAAUCUUCACCAUUAAGCCAUCAUAGAAUGGAAGAAAACGGCGUCGGGUGUAGGAUAUUGGCAUUUCUAGAAACCUCUGCCAUCAAUUCGAUUUAUGGUUGUAUGUUUUUGGACGCUUUUUAUUUACAUAAAGUUAUUGUGAGAGCAUUCGCAACAGAAACAAGAAGAGCUUAUAUUUAUAUAACAUUAGCAGUAUUGACCUUCACGUUUAGUAUCUGUUGGGCAAUAGCUAUGGCAGUAGAAAAUGCAGAAAAUUGUUGGAUGGCGGAUCUUCAAGGUAUUCAAUGGACUGUGGACGGUUUCAGAAUUGCAAUAUUAAUCAUUAAUACAUUAAUGCUGGCAGAUAUUAUUAGAGUGAUGGUGAUGAAAUUGAAACACGGUAGUACCACCAAACAAACAAAGGCAGCUUUUAGAGCUACAGUCUUUCUGAUACCUUUAUUUGGACUGCACAUAAUUGUUACAGCAAAAAAAAUCGUAUACGACGACUCCUGUACUGCCGAAGACAUUUAUGAUUAUGCAAGAUACGCUAUGGAAGGAUUACAAGGAAUUAUCGUAUCAAUUAUUUUCUGUUACGCAAACAAUGAGGUUAGAGGAGAAGUUAAGAAUAGUUAUAGAAAAACUUGCAUUUAUUUGAAUCAACGAUAUGGUUGGAAUUUGGGCGGUGACUUAUUAUAUGAUAAAAGAAGAGCUACAACAGCUACGUUUGUCCAAGAAGGUUAUCAAUAAGUUACACCGUUAAAAAUUUCUCUGAUAAUCUUACCAAAAAUGUGUAGGAAGUUUUAACGUACAGCAAUUUAGUAAAUUUACUAAACAAAGUAAUUCGAUUGACAUUAAGAAAAUUACAAAACAUUUUAUAAGCGGUACUAAGAAAAUUGGAUUAGUAAUUUUACUAUAUUUCAAUCAAAGAUUUAUCAUAAGGAUACUCGGAAAAUUUACUCUACAGUGUUGUAACUUUAAAACACUCAAUUUAAUUGACGUAAUAUAUUUUUUGUUUACUUUCAAUAACCUGUUUCUGACAAGCUAUUUAUUUUUUAUUAUGAUAUAUUUGUAAUUUUUCCUAGUUUUAUUCUUUAAUAAAAUUCUCGAUUUCUUCUAAAUCAAAAACUCCCCAAAUAGGUUGAAAAAUAAGAGGCUUAAUUGUUUUAGACUCAAGCAUAAAUGCAAACGAUGUAGUUAACACCAUCUAUCAAAUGUUUCUAUCAGAUUUUUUGUAAUUUUACUAUAAUUUUUUUAUAAUCCUCAAACAUUGUUAUUGAAAAAUAAUAAGCAGUUUAUUAUAACUACUUUCCAUGAGAGAAGAAGAAAUCGUAAAAUUACACUUAGUCUCAGUAAAUUUACUGAAUUGUCUAAGAAAAUCACUCAAAUUGUAUUAUAAUUUGAAUUUACACACACCGAUUAGUAAUUUUAGCAAUCAUAUGUUUCGCAAAACAAUGGUAAUAUUACAAAAAAUUUUACAGUGUAGUUCAUUAUAUAAAGAUUCCUAUAAAUGACAAUGAUUAUUAAUAUUAGAUCUUAUUUAUUGUAUAAUAAAGCCGAUAUAGUUUAUAAAACUGAUAAUAUGACUAUUCGAAAUAAAUUUACAAAGUUACAUAGCUGCUCCAUCUAUCGUCGAGUAAAUGACAUUUAAACAGAAUUAUGGAUGGUAGACGUAAAGAGAAAUUUCUGUGUAUGAAAAGUGUUCGUACAAUUGCGAAACUACAAGAUGUCGCUACUAUAUAAGAAAGCGGUAGUUUAUAUGUCGUAAUUUUUGUAUCUUUACCCUUUUAGUUUACGUAAUAACAAUGUAUGAUAAAUGAUACAAUAAUUUUGAUAAUUCUCGUUUUAA